GCAACAAGAUUUUUCUGCAAUCAUUCAACAAUUAGAGAUUGAGAAGUGAACUUCUCAAGUGCCUUAAAAAGUUUAUUGUUUUAUUAACAAUCAAAUCAAAUGAAAAUAUUAACAAAGAUUUAUGGCAGCUUGGUGCCUUUUGGAUCAUUGUGCGGCAUGCGACGUCCAUCUACGGAACAAAAUGAAGACGAUUUAAAUCGUCUUACCGCAUCAGCAUCAGUUAGAAGUAGUGAAAGCGUAAAUUCAACACAAACAGUCAUUAAAGCUAUCAAUAAUAAUCACACGAAUGAUAACAAUAAUAACAGCAAAAAUAAUUCAUCAAAUUAUUUGCCAAAUAUCAUAAUUGCUAGUACUGAAUAUCAGCAACAGUGUCGCAAGCGAAAAGAUCGACAAGAUAGUAUUUCAUCAAUUACACAAGAUCGUAAAGUUGUCCGUUCUAGUAGUGAGGAGCAUGUGCCAAGUUGUCAAGACCAAAACGACGCAAUAAGACGUGUUUCAUCGCACGAAGAUUUUAACAAUCCGUUGCCAUUGCAAGAACACAACUCAAAUACUGAAAAUAAAGAUAUCAGAGUAAUUUCGGAACAUUCGAUAAUUGUUGAUGAAGAGAUUAAAAUCGAAUCAUAUUCCAAAAAUAACUCAACUGAUAGUUCCUCAACAACAGUAGCUACAAGUGUAAAUUUAUCGCCAAUUAACACUAAUGAAUUAACAGAUGAAAACGAACGUCGUAGAAAUUCUGAAAGGUUUUUAAAGACAUCAGGAAAGAAAUCUCCACGUCGCUCGAGAAAGUCUCCAUCUCCGACGCUUGUUAAGGAAGGCGAAGAAAUGUGUAGGUCUGAGGAAGCAAAGGAAAACAGUAAAAUUGUCGUUGAUGACGACAACUUUAUUGAAAAUGAAAAUGAAAAGAAGUUGCCAAAUUCACCAGUAAUUUCGAAGCCAUUAUAUCCUUGGGAAUCACUUGAAGAUAAGCCAAUCGUGUGCCCACGAUUCGCUGAGAAUACAUUUGAUCAUGUUCAUCAUUCGAUUUCAAAAUUCGUUAAACAAGACCACGAUUUGGUAAAAUAUAACUCAACAAUUGACGAUGAUGAUGAUGUGGUUGUUCCAAGGUACCAUCAUAUUGAUUUUUCCGAAAAAAAGCAUUAUCGCCAUGAUAAUUUUUUGAAUAUUGAAAACAUCAAAACACAUCAAAAGAGCCAUUCACCCAUAUUUCAAACACCCGAUGAGCGUAUUCGACAAAUUAAUAAACGAUUGACAUCGUUGAAGAAGAAAAUUUCGGCCUAUGAGGAGAGCUUCGAAACAAACUACGGUUAUCGACCUUCUCAUGCUGACAAGUCAAAUGAUAAAAAUAUUAAAAAUUACAUUGCGGAAAUACAUAAGCUAAGGAAGGAGAAAAGUCAAAUAAAAUCGGAUCCAAUGACAGCUAUGGGCUACAAAAAUAAAUUUGAUGACUCAAUUCCCGUUGAGAAAAAAAUGGUUAAAGUUAAGGACUCUUUACAGGAUAUUGAAAAGAAACUUGAAGAUAGACGCAUUGAAGAAAACCGUUCAUCACGUCUGGAGGAUAUGACACCAGAUCAAUUGAUAGAAGAAAAACAAUCUGUUCAGCGCGCUUUGUUAUAUUUUGAGUCUCUAUUUGGGCGUCCAGGAACGUCAGAAGAACGUGAUGCAGCACGUCCACUUUAUGAUCGCUAUAGAUUCCUCAAACGUCUUGUUAAUCGCAACAAUUCAAUUUCAAGUGGAAUUCCUGAGUUGCCAACAAUUUUAGAGAAUGAGGCUCUUGCGUUAUCAGGUAUAGUCACGCCAUCAACAGACUUUUCACCACCGUCAGUUCACUCCGCCAUACAAUCACCCUCAGAUAGCUCAACAUCAACAUCUUUAGAAGCUGGUCAAGCGCUUAUUUCAAGCACAUCAGUCACGACAACUUUUCAGGAAAAUUUUCAAUUGCAUUCAAUGAGCAUCAAAGAGCUGUAUAGUCAUUUUGAUACUGUCCGUGAAGAGAAGAAGCAAUUGAGACGAACUAUUAAAGAAUUUGAACAUAAUUUUGAAGAAGUUAAUGGACGUAAAUUGUUAAAAUCUGACAGAUUACUUAUGGAUGACACAUAUAUAUUAUAUAAAGAAAAGAAAGCCAAAUUGCGUUUACUUGAUGCGCUUGUCAAGAAACAAAUGUCUGUUUGAAAAUUUUAUGCGCCACAUAAAAAGUUUAAAAAAAGAAAAAAAAAAGUAAUGAAAAUCCCUUUUGUGAACAAAGAGAAACAUUAUAUAUUAUAAAAAAUAAUACAAACCUUCUUUCUGUGAUAAUUUUGGAAAUUAUUUCGCUAUAAAAAAAAUAUUGAGAGAAAAUACAAAAAAAAAUUAAGAAAAAUUUGAUUUCGAUUUUAUCAGACACAUUUAAGAGCAAAAGUAAGAAGUCAAACUUUUUACUACACAAUUUUUGUAAUUUAUUCAUCUUUGUUCUUUAUUAAUUCAUCAAUAAAAUUCGAAAAUAUACAUAAACAUCAAAAUUAAAUUUAAAGAAAAAUAAUAAAUCCUACUUAGUGUCAUCAUCAUAUCCAUUUUUUGCAUGUCAAGCUUAGAAUAUAAAAAUUUAUAAAGAACAGAAAAAAAAAUUAUUUCCAAAUAUUUUCACUUUUAAAUGGAAUGAUUCAGACAAGAAACUUGAUUAAUUAUUGCUUCAAUUAUUAUUUUUUUUUGUCUUAAGAAGGAAAAAAUUAGCAAUACUGUAUGAUUUUUAUUCAUGCUUCAGAGCAUGGAAUUUUUCAAACAAUCUCUUAUAAGAUAAUACUUAAUAUUACUCACAUUAUACAGUUAUUAUAAUUAUCCAUACAUAUACGUUUGAUAAUCAUUAAAAAAAUUCAUUAAAUGGAGUUGAAAAUACUUCGGAAGAUUAGAUUCUAUCAUAAAUUGAGUUCAAAGAGGCUGUAAAAUUAUCUUGAAAUAAUAUGCAAGAUUUUGAUCAAAUUUAAUAUCGAUAUUGCGAAUUAUUAAAAUUCUAAAAUAACAAUUCAUGAAGUAUUAAGGACUAAUAAUCGGAUUUACUGUUCAGUAUAAAUAAUGUUUUAGGUUUACAAAAAUCACGAUUGAUUUAAUCUUCUUUUGGCAUUAUCAACUCCAACGCAUUAUUUUGGUAUUGUUUAAAUAUUUCUUAAAAUCAGAAAAGGAUAUAAAUUGUAUGUAGGCUACUUGAUAUUGCGUUGGGAAGGAUUUUGUUUAAUGGUGGAAUAUAUCCAAAGUGUGUAUUUUUGGAACUAGACUACCUAUUCUGGAGGUUGGAUUUCGUUUGCAUUAUGGUGACUAGAUUUAGUCGAAUAUUGCUAUAUAAAAACUUAAUGCCACACGAGUUAGGCAUUAAAAGUUAAAAACGUCUUUCCAAAUAUGGGUUUAAAAAUAAUCGAAAAUUUGUGCAGUCAUUUUGUCGAGUGUUUUUGCUUCUUUUUCAUUUUAGGAAGCAUGGUAAGAGGAGUCAAGGGUUUGAUCACACAACUUGUUUGUGAUAAUUACAUUUUUUUAAGUGGAAUGAUAAUCCGCUAACAUUGUGAUUGUAUCAUGCAAUCAAUGGAGAGAAUCGCGCGAAAGAUAAUUAAAAAAUGUAUUCUCUUUUUUUUGACAAGUUUAAUAUUCAAUGAUAUUUUUCUUUAAAUGACACAAAAUAUGUUAACAUUUUCAUUAUUCCUUACAAUAUAUAAAUAUAUUCUCUAAAGUACUUAUUUGUAUAAGUUAUAUUUAGUUAUUAAUACAUCUCAGUUUCUUUUUUUUGCCAUUAAUUCUAUUAUUUAACAAAGUUUUAAUUUCACUCUACUUAAGGAGAUCUUUAAAAUAUUUUUCAAAAUUCGUGUUUUUUUUUGCUAGAACACAGAAGUGAAUGAUAGUCAGGCUUAUGAAAGGAUGGGUAAAUUCGAGAAACAAUUUUUGUUAACAAAUUCUACAAAGCUCAAUGAACUAAUUUUAUAUCAAUAAUUAUGAGGAUAUCUAUAUCCUAUAUUUAACUACUGAUUGAAAUAUUUAUUUUAUUUUUAAUAAAUUUGUCAUCUUUAAACAAUUUAAAUGACAAACGAUAUAACAUAAAAGAUAAACCUUGAUGAGGUUGAAUGACUGUGGGUCAAAGAUUCGAAUAGUAAAAAUUUAGAGUUUUUAAGAAUUUUUAAUAUUAAUGAUUGACUCGAGCGAGUUCCUUAAAAUUGUUACAACGGAAGUGUACGAUUAUCAUGAUUCGUGUGAAAUUCACAUAAACAUUAGCAAUCCAAAUGAAUUCACAAUGAAUUUGCAGUCAUCCAACCUCAAUCAUCAUCAAAAUAACAGUUUUUAAUCUGAUCGAGCUGAAUUAACAAUAAAAAUAGAUGCAUCGCGUGCUUGAUAAAAUAUUAUAAAUUACGGCAUGUCAGUAAUUGACAAGCAGAAGACAAGAGCUAAAAUAAAAUGAAAAUGAAAAGCUUUUUUUCAUAAAUUUCCUGAUCAUUUUAUUAAAUGAAGAAAAAAUGAUCUAAAACUUUUUUUGAGACAAGAUUGACAUAUAUUUCUAAAAUAUAAGCUGUUUAUGUUUCUUAAAUGUUAGUUUAUGGAGAAUGAUGAAAUCAUAUUUUAAUUAUAUUAAAAGUUAUCACAAUAUAUGGUAUGACAUAAAAAUGAUUUUUGAUUCAAAGCGCCAAGCGCAUUCGAAAUGAGUAAAGUCGUAGAUUAUAAGGAACAAAAAAUUACAAAGCAGAUUGUAGUAAUGUCUUUUAUAUUAGAAUAAAAGACACAAAAAGAAGCAAAUGAAAAUAAAAUUUGAAAAAUUUUAUGAAGGAAAAAAUUGUAAAGUUUUUCCAUUAUUUUUCAUAAAAAAAACAUAUAACGAUGAAUAGCAAUUAUUAAACAUUGAUUGUCAUAUAGCCGUACAAUAACAACAAGUUUUUCUCAUUUAUCAUUAAUUAUUUCAUAAACUUUUUAUGUUUUUUAAAUGUGUAAUGAUUAAUGAACUCAACAUAAAUGUUUCUUGGCUAAACAUACUUUUUCAUAUUUUUUAUGGCAUUUCAAACUAUUUUUGUACAGAUGGUAUGAAAUUGCAGCUUUAUUUCAUCAAAUUUUCUUAUGAUUCUUUAGUUUAAUGGACAACUUAUGCUGGACCACAAUUUAACAUUUUACUAUGAAAUAUUAGUUGAAACUUCAAGCCAACUUUACAAUGUCCGUAAAACUCUUUCCUAAUUCUUAAUUUUCAUCAAAUUACUAAACUAUCCAUCUACUUAUUAAUAUGAAUUUUACAAGUAAAAUAUGAUCAUGAGAAAAUGAAAAAAAGAAACAUUUUUAAUU